AUGGAAGAGAUUAAAUUAAAUAAUUACAAUAUAAUAGAAGAGUUUUAUGUUGAUUUCGAGAAAACAACGAAUGAUUUCGAUGAACGAAAUUUAGAUGAACCAGAGAAGAUGAGAUAUUUGCUCAGAGCGUUACCCCCACGUUAUAGCUAUAUCGGAGAUUUUAUUGAUGUAAUUCCAGAAGAAAAAAGAACAGUGGAUUAUGUAAAGUCUAAAAUAAAAGAGAAAAAUAUGACUAUCAGUGACAACGAGAACAAGAAAAGUAAUAUGAGUACGUUCGCAACAAAAACUAAAGUACAAUGUUUCAUCUGUGGAAAGACUGGCUAUAUCAAGAAGGAAAAUUUACCAAGGACUGCAAAAUUACCCAGAAAAAUAUCCAGCGAGCCAACCAGCGAGCCAGCGAGGAGUACAGAGAGGCUAUAA